AUGUUGAAGACUGCGGCUUCCAGAUACUUCAGGCCUAAUAAAUCUUGCCUGCGGGCUCUUCACACACGACAUGCUAUCCACCAAGUCCGUUCGGACUGGGCACGUUCUGCAGUUUUUGCAUCCGCCACCGCGUCUGCUACUGCCAUCCUGGUGUGGUGCGUCUCGAACAAUGUCAUACACAAUGAUGUUGCGGCAAUACCCUCCUCCUCUCCACAGUUAAGCCCGGGAGAGACAGAAGUCCUUGAUUCGAAUAUCAAUAGCACUGGUGUCGACGAGAAUGGAUCUCUCCAAGGGGUAGCCUGGGGCUCCAACAAGUCGCACAUAAUCAAUCCAACAGAACCCAAGGUUGACGUCGUGCAGUACCCAACCAACGUAAACUGGCUGGAGAACGUAGCACUUCGCGACUUGGCGCUCCACGAUCAACAUGCCUGCAUGCGUCGACGCCCGGGGAAAUUUUCUACCUCAGAACUGGAGGCAAGGAGACCAAAGCCCACUCUACUAGGCAAGGACAUUGUAAAGAUACAAGUGACAGAGUCCCGAGUGUAUGCCCUCUCAGCGUCGGGAAAGAUAUACGUUCUGGCUGCGAAUGAGGAGCAGCAGAAACUCAAGGUUUCUUCGCAGCAUCCUGGGUCCUCGUGGUGGAGUUUCGACUGGUUGUGGCGAGGUCGCCCAAAUAUUGACUUGGUGGAGCUUUUCCCGCGUGAGAAGCUGGGAUGGAGAGAACACUUCACAAACAUUACGGCAGGACGCGAUCACGUCCUAGCCUUAACAUCUGCGGGGCGUGCAUUUUCCCAUCCCGUGAAUAAGAAUGCAAAUUCUCACGGGCAACUUGGACUUCGUAACGUCGAUCUCCCUGUAGCGUCUAGUUCUCCAGGUGACGCUUCUUCGGGACGCGUAGCUGUCGAGCUCAGCCCCGUAGCGGUUACCGACCCCUAUGCGAAAGCGUCACGGUAUUCUCGCGUUCGCGUAUAUAAUGGUCCAGCAGAAAACUUAGACACUAUAGAUGAUAAGACUAUCAGGUUUUGCGACUCCUUGUUUGAAAUACCUGCCCUCAAAGGUGUAAAGGUAUCGCACAUUGCAGCUGGUAGCCGGAGUAGCUACGUGAACACGGACGCGGGCAGGGUCCUGGGUUGGGGUGCAAAUGAGUUUGGACAGUUGGGCCUAGGGAAUGGUAUCACACUCGAUGCUGUGACCAUUCCUACGGAGGUCAUAUUGACCCGGAACUUAGCCUUGGAUGUCAAGAGAAAGUGCUUAGGAAUCUCGGCAGGCGGUGAUCUGACCUUCUUCGUGGCGGAAAGGACUGGCUCAGAUCCAUCGUACUACAUAGACGUGCUCUCGUGUGGAAACGGUCAAUGGGGAGGCCUCGGUGCCAAUUUAUAUACGACCAGUCAAGCCAAUCCCGUUCGUGUAAAAAAUGUCAGCGGUUUACUUGAAUAUGAUGAGAAGACUCAAGGUCUUGCGCCAAUCGUGCCUGAAGCUAUCUCCGUCUCACCCACAGGGCAUGCUCUGUUGACGUUGGAUACACUUUCACGCGCAGGCCCAGGGUUUACAGGGCGCGAUCUUCUAGUCUGGGGCCUCAACUACGAUUUUCAACUCGGCACUGGAAAACGAAAGAGCCUUCCUGCUCCGGCUGUCCUCAACAGGCCCGAAGGUGGUCGCUUCCUCUUGGCAAGGAAAACAACUGCUGUGAAGGACAUGGCUGGGAACGUCUGGCGGAAGAAAGUUGGGGUAGAGCAGUGUGCCAUUGCUGGCUACGGCAACAGCUUCGUCUAUUGGAGGAUCAUCAGGUCGUGA